ACAUUGCCCGAGCCUUUUAGCUUUUCUGGCUCACACACAACUUCCUUUCCUUUUUUAUAUGGAAAUCAGGGAAGAGGGUAGUGUAUAUUAGUAUAUUAGCAUUUCUAGCAGAUUUUUAACUGCCACUGAUGCCCGUUCAUCUUUGCAGUGUGGGUUUUCAUGCUGACAAAUCCUCUGCUUUGCCUUCUGCUCAGAGUCAGGUGGGCCCUUUAUUGAACAGAUUUAUCUGCUACAAGGCUACGCAGAAGGAUGGAAAGGAGGAACACAGGGGGAAAAAAAAUAGAUGAAAGGCCAUGCAUUGAUCACCUGAUGUACUCCAGAGACAAACAUGGCUAUUACAGGUAACAUGGAGCAGCCCUUCUGGCCUUUUCAGUUGUAUUCAGAGAGAUGUUUGCCUGCUGUGAAUAUCUGGGUGCUUGGAGUUCACUCUGAUUUUAACAAGCCCAUCAAUGAUAAAACAUUGUAUUGAUAGAACAAGAUCUACUUCUGUAAAGUUGUUGCUCCACAGAAAAGCAGCAUAAAGAAGCUAGCUGGAUUAUUUGUAUGAUAUGUAGCUUUUUUAGGAUGUUUUGUUCUUUAUGUGGUGUUAAUUUCAAAUACAAGCGUAUGAACUUUGUGUUCCCUUUUAGGGGCUGGUUCUGUGGUAACAAGGAAACACAAGGCCUAAACACCUCUGGCUUGUCUGUCCAAGGAUCUGCCUCAAUUGUGGCUCCCAUCCUUCUGAAGGACUCUUCAGCACAGACAACAAUUCUCCUGACUCAGAGAUCAGAAUCCAGUUGAUAUGUCUGCCAGCCUAUGGAACCCUCCUAAGGAUGUCAGGCUCCCACAGUGAAGAGCUUUCCAAGGGUUAUAAUUUCACCAUGGAAGACAUCAAGAGCCAGAGGAUCAGCUACUCCACCACGUUUGAGACCAGCAACCAGCCCGUUACCGACAUCUUCCACUUCUCUGUGCUGGAUGCAGACAACAACCGGCUGGACAGGCAGAUGUUCACCAUCACCAUCACAUCAGCCCUGGCACCGCCCGCACUCAUCGCCUUCGCCGACCACGUCACUGUGAGUGGCUGCCCAGGACCCUGGGGAUGGGCACAGGGACAGGAAUGGCUGAGAUGGGAGCAGCUGAACAGUUUUCCUGGACUGGGGGGGAAUCACUGAAUAAAACGUAGUGCCGUGCAAAGGGUGAACAAAUCUCUUGGAGGCCAGAGGAGGCUGACAGUCCAUCUGCAUCCCUGAACUUCAUCUGUUAACGUCUGUUCUAGUCAGGAGCUGCUUGUCCCUAGCUUGUCCCUUCUUGGUAUCAGUGGAGCAAGUCAGAUUUAUCCCUACUGAAUGUUUCACCCCUGAUUUCACCAGUGUGUGUGCAAGAGAUGAGCAGAAGACAAGUCUGGAGACACCUGGUGCUUUGGACUGACACAGAGCAUUUCACAGUCCUUACCAAAGCCUUCGGAAGUCAUCUCCCUCCUUUCCAGCUUUGCAUUCCCCCUCCUUUGCCUUCCAAAGACUCUCCACAACAAGAAAUGUGCAGGUCUUGCCUUCUGAGAGAUCACUAUGACUCUGCCUGUUCCCUUCCUGCCUUGAUAAAGAGCUCACAGGUUCCUCUUGGAGGCCAGGCAGGCUUUGUUCUUCCCAUCCCACCCCUCCUCCCUGCUGAAUUCCCGAUUCACAGACCUAGGGGAGGAUGGGACAGCGCUCCAGAGCCCGGACAAGCCUCUUCCAGGGAGUCAGCCUCAUUCAACGAGAGCUUUGGCCCACGGAGUGAGUCUACAGGGACCACAGAUGCCUCCUUUUCCCUUCAAGAUGUCCUGGAGAACAGCAUUUACUACUUCCAGACUGUCCAUGAAAGCAUUGAGCCCACAGGUGAUGUUUUCCGCUUCAAUGUGAGUGAUGGCUUCAGCCGGUCAGAGGUGCAGAGCAUCAGCAUCACAAUCCAGGGACAAGAAUUAGUUCCUUCAGCCAGGCAGACUUGGCCUCUGGCAGCAUCCAGUACAUCCACACCAGUGACGUGGAAAAGCACACGGAUGCCUUCACCUUUUCUGUGUCUGAUGGGACAAACGAGGUCAGUCCCAGCCUGA